CUUUCCCGUUCCUGUCUCUCUCGCUCCUUGUUCUUUCCAUACCAUAUACCCCUUCACACAUACAUCUUCUCAUACUCUACAAAGAAGACAGACACAAUGGCUGACCAGCGCCCCGCUCCUCUCCGCCUCGGCACCGUCGCCCCCAACUUCAAGGCCGACACCACCAACGGCCCCAUCGACUUCCACGACUUCAUCGGCGACAGCUGGGUCGUCCUCUUCUCCCACCCGGAGGACUACACCCCCGUCUGCACCACCGAGCUCGGCGCCUUCGCCAAGCUCGAGCCCGACUUCUCCAAGCGCGGCGUCAAGCUCAUCGGCCUCUCCGCCAACACCCUCGGCUCUCACGAGGGCUGGAUCAAGGACAUUGACGAGGUCACCGGCUCCAAGGUCGCCUUCCCCAUCAUCGCCGACAAGGAGCGCAAGGUCGCUCUCCUCUACGACAUGCUCGACUACCAGGACACCACAAACGUUGACGAGAAGGGCAUCGCCUUCACCAUCCGCUCCGUCUUCAUCAUCGACCCCAAGAAGACCAUCCGCACCAUCCUCUCCUACCCGGCCUCCACCGGCCGCAACUCCGCCGAGGUUCUCCGCAUCGUCGACUCCCUCCAGACCGGCGACAAGCACAAGAUCACCACCCCCAUCAACUGGGUCCCCGGCGACGACGUCAUCGUCCACCCCUCCAUCAAGACCGAGCAGGCCAAGGAGCUCUUCCCCGAGGUCCGCAUCGUCAAGCCCUACCUGCGCUUCACCCCUUUACCCAAGGAGAAGGCCACCGUCGCCUAAGUGCAGGCGCCAGUGGCCACGAGUGGAACUUGGUUUGGGGACGCUAUGUUGGAUGACGGGCCUCGGUGCUUAAGUAUCUGAGUGUCUGGGAACGACGAGCGGACGAGAUCCCAGAGUGUUGAAAAAGCAAAAGAGGCCGAUGAUGUCAAGCAUCAAGUCCUUCCCACCUGGAGACGUGUGUACACGCACUCUCCACCCGAAUACCCGGCGUGGCGCUGCGAAUGGCAACAUGACGCUUUGGUCAGCCUUCAAGGGGCAUGACUUUGGCAAGUAGCAGCGUCUUCGCUCUGACUACCUUUUACAUAGAACGUAUGAAAUAAUGAGAAAUGUCCAAACUCUGC